AUGACAGUUUCCUGCAGGCUGCUUGAGAGGACUGGCCGCCCUCACAGCAAGAUGAGCUGAAGGGGAGACAGGGUUAUCUGAGUUUAGCUGAUCGGCAUGCUGUGGACUGGGCUGGUGGAGUGAUUUUGAGUUUCUUUUCCAGGAAACAGCGGAUGUCCCAGACGGAUACUGGUGGGAAAUGAGCAACAGGAUGGAGGGUUCAGCGGGACCAGGUGUCAGGGCGAACGGACCCAUCGCAGCGCCCAGCAGCCCGGUUAGCUCCGGCGUAGGUCCACCUCUGUCUCCAGAAGAGCUGGCCGAAGAGCCACAGUCGUCUCUGACAGAUAUCAGCCAAAUGUGGAUUAAAUUCGGCAAGACUUUUGCCAUCAUCUUCCCGAUCUACGUCUUGGGCUACUUUGAGUUUAGCUUUAGCUGGGUUCUGAUUGGACUCGCCAUGUUGUUCUAUUGGAGGAGAAACCACGGCAAUAAGGACUACAGGAUAAACCGUGCCUUAGCAUUCCUGGAUCAUGAGGAGAAAGUGGUGAAGCAAACUUUGCCUACUUCUGAGCUGCCUCCAUGGGUCCAUUAUCCAGAUGUGGAGAGAGUGGAGUGGCUGAAUAAGACGGUGAAGCAGAUGUGGCCGUUCAUCUGCCAGUUUGUGGACAAGCUGUUCAGAGAGACCAUCGAACCAGCGGUAAAGGAAGCCAGCCCUCAUCUCAGCACCUUCUGCUUCACCAAGAUCGACAUGGGCGACAAGCCGCUGAGAGUGAACGGGGUGAAAGUUUACACAGAGAACGUGGACAAGAGGCAGGUCAUCAUGGACAUGCAGAUCAGUUUCGUUGGGAAUACAGAAAUUGACGUGGACAUCAAGAAAUUCUAUUGCAGAGCUGGAAUCAAAAGCAUACAGCUUCAUGGGACGGUGAGAGUGGUGAUGGAGCCUCUGCUGGGAGACAUGCCUCUGAUCGGAGCCCUGUCUGUCUUUUUCCUCAAGAAACCAUUGCUGGACAUCAAUUGGACGGGACUCACAAACAUGCUGGACAUUCCCGGUGUCAAUGGUUUGUGUGACAACAUCAUCCAGGACAUCAUCUACAGCUACCUGGUCCUUCCCAACCGCAUCACCAUCCCUCUGGUGGGGGAGGCCCAGCUGGCCCAGCUACGCUUCCCCAUGCCCAAGGGCGUCCUGAGGAUCCACUUCAUCGAGGCACAGGACCUGCUGGGCAAAGACAAGUUCCUGGGAGGGCUGAUCAAAGGCAAGUCAGACCCGUACGGAGUCAUCCAGGUCGGGACCCAGCUCUUCCAGAGCAAAGUCAAACACGAGACCGUCCACCCGAAAUGGAACGAAGUCUACGAGGCCUUGAUGUACGAUCACACGGGACAGAAUGUGGAGAUUGAGCUGUUUGAUGAAGACACUGAUAAAGACGACUACCUGGGAAGCCUGAUGAUCGACGUGGCCGAGCUCGAGAAGGAACAGAAGGUCGAUGAGUGGUUUGUGAUGGAGGAUGUGGCUACAGGGAAGCUGCAUCUCAAACUGGAGUGGUUAUCUCUGCUGCCCACACCUGAGAAGCUGGACCAGGCACUGAUGAGCAUCAAAGCUGAUCGUGGUCAGGCCAACGACGGCCUGUCGUCUGCGCUGCUCGUCGUCUUUCUGGAUUCAGCCAGAAACCUACCGAGCGUCUUCGAGGGGAACUUGGGCUCUGGCUACUUAAAAGAGAGGCGGGCGGCGGGCCUCGUGUUUUGUGAGAACACCGCCUCUCUCUAUAGGACCUUAUUUCGCAAUCCGUUAGAGUUCAACCAAUCGGGGCUGAGGAAGACCUCGGUCAGUAAGGCCAUCAAGUCGGGUAAAAAAGUGACCAGCGAUCCCAGUCCAUUUGUCCAGUUCACAGUGGGACACAAGUCCUUCGAGAGCAAGACCAGAUAUAAGACCAACGAACCUGUGUGGGAGGAAGCCUUCACCUUCCUCGUCCACAACCCCAAAAGCCAAGAGCUGGAGGUUGAGGUGAAGGACGAGAAACACGAGUGUUCGUUGGGGACGUUAACGCUGCCUCUGAGUCGCCUGCUGGAGGCGGAGGACAUGACGCUGAACCAGCGCUUCCCCCUGAAGAACUCUGGACCGAGCUGCAGCCUCAAGAUAAAGAUGGCUCUGCGGGUGCUGUGCUUGGAUAAGAACCCAUCGUCAGACUCCACCCCGUCCUCCGUGCAGGUCCGCAAGAACAGCUCCGCAAACCAAACCCCGCGUCCCUCCGUCUCCUCUGACUCCCCCGUGCCUCCCUCCUCCAACAACCCCGACAUCCCCCGCACGUCCUCCGUGUCAGCCCAGGACCUGCUGAACCGGCGCAGAGAGGCGGACGAUCCCUUUAGGGCUCCGGGAAGCACAGACAUGGGGCAGGGUGGAGGAAGAGGAGGAGGUCGGGGCCUUGGGGACACCGGGAGGAGCACCUCCAACCUGGCCAUCUCUGGUUCCCAGCAGCACCUGGCUGGAGGCAAGGAGCCGACGCCCAGCAUCGCCUCGGACAUCUCCAACCCCUACGCUGCUCAGGAGCUGCAGCAGAGACUCCAGCAGCUGCAAAAUGGUUCAGGCCCCAGUCAUUUCCCGCUGGGUGAGAUCCAACUGACAGUCAGACACAGCUCCCAGAGGAACAAACUCAUCGUGGUCGUCCACGGCUGCAGAAACCUGAUAGCGUUCACUGACCACGGCUCAGAUCCUUACGUCCGCCUCUACCUGCUUCCUGACAAACGGAGGUCGGGCCGGAGGAAAACUCACACAUUCAAGAAAACCCUCAACCCAGUUUACGAUCAGACGUUUGAGUUCAGUGUUUCCCUCGUGGAGCUCCACAGGCGGACUCUGGAUGUGGCAGUGAAGAACGGUGGAGGUCUGCUCUCCAAACACAAAGGCCUUCUGGGAAAGGUUCUGGUGGAUUUGACCUAUGAGGACUCCGCUAAGGGCUGGACACAAUGGUAUGAGUUGAGCGAAGACGGCCUGGCGAAGCCCCACAUGCUAUAGACGGCAACGACAGGAACCAUCAUCAUCAUUAUUAUCAUCAUCAUCAUCACUACCAUCAUAUCGCCACACUUCCACUUGAGUCUACAUUACGGCUUUUUAUUUUUUUCAUUACGUGUAAGUGUAACAACAGGAAACAGAAAAGCAGCUUUUGACAUUCAUUUAAUCACAUCAGUCGCAAGGCAAACCUCCCCUUUAAGAAGUGAAAGGCUGAUAGACUAAAGGGAGUAUACAAGAUGUAGAAUACUAUAUAUCACACCAUGUACUGCUGUGGAAGUCUAUAUUCCAUAUUUAUAGGAGAAACUAUAACAGCUCUAGAGGAAGACAAUCUAUUUUUUUUUCGCUGUUGCAGCAGUUUCCUGCCUGGAGUUUCAGUAAAGAACAGCGAUGUACAAGUUUGUAAAUAUAAACGAUGAUGCUGGAUAAAACAGACGGGCGUGUUCUAGAGAUAAGAGAGACGUGCGGUCUCUUAUUUGGCCAAAUGAUUGUUUGUUUUAUUUUAUUUGAUUCAUUACUUCUUCUUUUUUUUUUAAAUGAAAAACAUUCUGGACAAAGUUUCUGAAACAGAGCAGGCGGGCGGUCGCAGGGAAAGACGCCACCAAAGAGACGAGUAGUAUUUAACUUUCCCGCCCCUUCGUGGGUUUUGGUAACGCAGCUUCACUCUGGUUUUAUUCCACUGUAACAACGUGCGUAUUAACCAAGUUAGAUACACAAACGAGUACCAGUUUGUUUAGUUCUCUUCCAUCGUUGUUACACUGGAAUAAGGCUAUUGUUAAGUGUUACCUGUUUGUUUUUUAAACUGAAUAUUUGCACAUCUGUGUAGUUUUUUUUUUUAUCUGUUGGGGAUCAUCUUUACUCUUUAAACAUUGCCUAAAUUCAUCUAGGAGAAAAAAAGUCUGUUCUAGUGAGUAACUCUUAUCUCGUUUGAAAUAUUUAUAUUUCAAAAUAUAAGUGUAAAGUCUUGAAAUAACAUAGAUAACCUUUUUUGAAAGAAUAGUUUGACAUUUUGGCUUUCACCUUCUCACUGAGAGUUAAAUGAGUAGAUGCCACUCUGUUGUCUGUCAGGUAACACAUGGCGUUCAAAGUCGACUCAACGAGCAAGCGAGAGAGAGAGAGAGAGAGAGAGCUAGAGCUAUAGAGUGAAUGAAGAGAGGGAGCAGCGUUAGUGAGAACAAAGCAGCAAAUUAGAGAAAUAAAAUGUUAUGUUCUGAUUGUUUCACAGCGGUUACGUUCUAUAGCACAAAUAAACGCACUCACACCUCCGCUCAACCCAGUCAUACAGACACACCGAUAGCAGCACACAGCGGAGGAGAGAGACGAACGGGAAACACAGGUUAAACCACAGCAACGUAACAACCCGUUCUCCGCCGCUUUGUAUCAUACAGACGCUAAAGGGGACAAAGCAGAGAGUGUUAUUGUUCUACUCAUCCAACUAUUUGUAAGAAAACGAAAAUAAGUGUAUUUCCCAAACUAUUCUUUUAAGGUAAUACAAACAUCAAAUCAAACUGCAAUUAAAAUUAAGUGAUGAAAUUAUCACCUACAUUUUCUUAAUAUAUCUAAAGCCACUAUGUAUAGAAGCUUUAAAUCAUCCUCUUCAGCACCCUCCAGUGGUAACAUUAAGAAAAGACCUCCUGUAAAUUCUCAAAUAAAUUCUCAAUAUUUACCUCAAUAGCAGAGAACAAGACGGUUAUUUGGAAUGAAAACAGGAUCCAAACGUUGUCAUUAUUAAACCUUUGUGGCACAGAGUUAAGUGUGCAGGAGUUGCCUUUUUCUUUAUCGACCCAAACUUUUCAUUUGAAACAUCUGCAGUGGAAAAACAGGAAGAGAAACAGAGAAACAAAUGCUGUGGAAAUGUAAAGUAUUAUGCUUAAUUCACCAUAUGAGUUUUUUUUUUUUUAAAUAAUUAUUUACCACUUUUAUAUGAUAAUUUACACACAUGCACAAACACCGAGAUAAAUAAUCUGAAAGCAUCACAAAAACUGCACCAGUUUUCACCUUGGGUUUCUGCAAACAAAAACUUAUGGAUAAUUGGAUAAAUUCUACAAAUAGUGGCUUUAGAAAGUGCAAAAAUUUGAUUUGUGUUUGUUUGUUUGUUGCUGUUUCAGUGAGGCUGAUAUCAAGAUGAUUUCCACUUCAAUCAUUCUGAGUUGUUCACCUUUUGUUUAUGAAUCAACUAUUAGUCUUAACUUGUCAUGAAGUGUCAUUUUCAACAUGCUGUUGUGUCUUCUUUGUUGGAGUUUCACACAAACUAUGAAGCGAGACACACACUAGUGUUGAAAAUGACAUUUACUGUAUCUUUGUUUUGUGUACGUAUACUUUUUCCACGCACGUCAUAUCAAACACUGCUUUGACUUCACAGCACUUGCUCAGAAUGGAUUAAUAUCAAAUAGAAUACAUAAUGCUUGAUAUCAAACACAUUUAGUAAACGCAUAUGUUAUCUAUGUGGCCCUUCAGAAGCCAAAGAGCAGCGAUGUUGUGUUGAUACAGAGGAGGCUAGUGUGACCUUUGACCUUCAAAACAUAAUUAUAGACUUUUGCCUUGUGUUCACAUCAAGAAAGUAUUUUACACAUAUAUAUGUAAACUGUGCCGUUCUGCAUUUUAUGUCUUUUAAUGUUUUUUAUUUGUUUUUCCACCCGCUUUGUCUCGUUCUGUGUUUUAUUUUGUAAGAAUCAAAGUCUGUAAGCCAUUGGGUUUGAGAGCUAUGACUCUGUGGUGGACUUCGUCCUCUGAAAGGCGGUUUGUUUUCUUCCGUCUUCUUAAUUUAUCUUGUGCCUUAAGAUUCACACGACCCAGAGAUAUUUACAUGUAUAAAAAGAAGAACCAAGAAGAUGCUUCAAUAGUUUCCCAUGUUUCAGAAUGUCUCCCAAAUGUAUUUUAAAACAAAUAAAGAGCUUUAUAGCAGCAUGAAGCUGUACAGCACAA